AUGGCUCCGUUCGUAUUCGCCUCCAUAGGGAAGGAGGGAAGGAAGAUCCUGGAGGAGGAUUUCAAAGUCGACGGCAUUAAGUUCAUUGCUGUGAAAUCAGGCGAAUCUGAUGAGCUCCAUACCGGGUCCAAGACCGCACUCGAGCUCGAUCUCAAUGAGCAAACACUGAUGGGGACCUUUGAGUUCCACAGGAAAUUUGCAGAGGACAAAUUCAGCACGGUCUUCUCAUGCAUCGGGCCGUCGGCAUACUUCAAGCUGCCGAACCGCCAUGCCUUCAUGACGAGCAUGCAGCCCAUUUUCAAACACAGACGCCCGAUCGAUUUCUACAUUUCAGGUCGCCCGGCUUCGUUGGAAUUCAUGAUGAAACGUGCUGAGGGGCACGUAGAGUUGAAUCUCAACCUCCUGCAUGAGAGGUGCUCUGCCAUGACAAAGUAUGUUCCAUCUACAAGCAAUUUCAUGUUGUCGUUCGCUUCCAUGACGAGAUGGAUGAAUGCUACGCUGAGUGUCGGGCUCAAGACAGUGUUCCAGGGCAGAAUGUUCGCUAACACAACUGUUGCAACGGAAGUAGGAUACCACGAUCUGACAGCCGAGCUCAAGUAUGCGAAUAUCGCUGACAAACACAAACGACAGAAGUUCGUAGGAACGCUCCAUGGUAACUUUCCUUAUCGGGUGGAACCAGCACUUUCGUUAUGUUACACGGUGGACGCUGAAUCUGCCAUGUUUAACGUUGCAGCUGCAAUGUUGUAUAAGAUCUCCUCGACGUCUUGGGUCAAAGUCAGAACAAUAGACAUGAAGAAGAUGGCAGUGGCUGUUUCCACACAACUUUCGCCAUCGUGCACUGUGAAAUGUGUCACAAGAUUUGAGUUUCGACGACCGUUCACCGGGAUCAACAAGCUGCAAUAUGGCAUGGAAGCAAAAAUUGACAUCUCGGAGGUCUCCAAGUUGGAUCGUUUUGUCAAUGUGUUGCAGAUGGUGGCGGUCUGUGGAGGGCUUUUGUGUAUGUUGUGA